AUGGACUAUGGUGUAGACUAUGGUUGCAAUACGGGUAUUGGCCAUCAACUGGCGCUACGGCUCAACGAACUGGGCUUUCGAGUCUACGCCACUGUAUUGGACGCGAACAGCGCCGGAGCCCUGGAGUUGACCAACAAAUGCAAACGACCGGCAAAUAUGUGUGUAAUGGGAAUGGAUGUGACGGACGCCCAACAGAUCGCCGGCGCCUACGAAAGAGUGGCCACCGAUCUCGAGGCCAAUGGUUGUCAAUUGUGGGCACUCGUCAACAACGCGGCACUCAUUACGUACGGACACAUAGAGUGGGGCAAUAUUGAGGAAUACAGCAAAGUGAUUGACGUCAACAUUGUGGGCACACUUCGGGUAACCAGGGCAUUUUUACCACUCAUUAGAGUAUCGCGGGGCCGGGUGGUAAUAAUGACCAGCGCAUCUGGCCAAUUGAGCAUGGACAAUUUUGGUGUUUACGGGUCCAGCAAAGCGGCACUCAUAUCACUGACACAUACCCUGCGGCGAGAGAUGGGCCGAUUCGGUGUGGGGGUGUCUGCGGUGGAGCCCCUGAACUUCCGGACCAAUAUGGUUGAACUCAGCGACCAUAUGCUGGCCGACACGUGGGCUAACACCGAGAACCCGGUGCGACAGGCGUACGGCGACAGGUAUUACGAGGCCCAGCGGGUGUUUGUGCGCCGAUUGAACAAGGUGAUGAUGAGCGGUACAGACCUGAGCCCAGUGGUGAGCGAUAUAGUCCGGGCGCUGACUGAUUGGCGCCCUAAACGCACGUAUAGACCGGCCCCUAACCUACUGUACCGGUUGUGCGCGCCGUUUAUGCCGUUGACGAGUCAGUACGCGAUGGAUGUUAUGAUUGGCGCCGUCAACACUACUCGACCCGAUUUUGUGUUAAAGCAAUUAAUUUGA